AUGGCUCGGAGCGUCACAUACAUGACAGGCUCUCAGCUGCUAUCUCUCAAGCGUCAUCCAAACAUAGCUGUUAUUGAUGUCAGGGAUGAUGAGAGGAGUUAUGAUGGGCAUAUAGCUGGAUCACUUCACUUUGCGAGCGAUACCUUCAGUGACAAAAUGCCCAGUUUAAUUCAAGCUGUCCAAGGGAAAGAUACCAUUGUUUUUCACUGCGCUCUGAGCCAGGUUCGUGGCCCCAAAUGUGCGCGAAGAUUUUCUGAAUAUCUUACUGAAAUGAAAGAACAUGCGGGAAUAAAGAAUAUAAUGGUCUUGGAACGUGGCUAUAAUGGCUGGGAAGCCUCGGGUAGACCUGUUUGUCGCUGCUCUGAUAUUCCCUGUAAGGGUGACAGUUCAUAG